GUGUCUUCUCGAAAACAACGGGAUCGACAGGCGGGUGGCCAGGUUCGUCCUUCCCGUUGGCGCUACCAUCAACAUGGACGGGACAGCCCUCUACGAGGCGGGCACGCCCGCUCUUCGCAGCCCAAGUCAAUGAUUUCUAGGCUUGGACUUGGAAUGAGAUCAAUACCAUCAGUAUCACAGCCACGGCAGCGAGCAUUGGGGCGGCUGGGAUCCCGCAGUCGGGCCUCGUCACAAUGGUCAUCGUGUUAACCUCUGUUGGCCUUCCCACUGAAGACAUCACAUUGAUCAUUGCAGUCGACUGGGCCUUGGAUCGAUUGCGCACCAUGACCAACGUCCUGGGCGACGCUCUGGCAGCAGGAAUCAUAGCCCAUCUCUGCCAGGAAGAUUUCGCUGUGAGGUUACCCAAAGAGGACUCUGGGAGCAACAAAGAUAAGCCAGUCCUGGCUGAAGGAAUCCUGACCUAUCCCAAGGACCACGUCUUGGAUUUAAUUGAUGAAGUCUUGCUUGAACAGACAGGCAUCAAUUAUAAUGUCUGCCAGGUGUGAUGCCGGGAAAGACACCGGAAAGACACUCUGAACGUCCCACUGCCCAAGAGCCUCAUCACGCACAAAGGCAGAGGAGAGACGUGCUCGUUACAGGUAGAGUGCCAAGUGCCACAGAAGAAGCGAGUUCGACUCCUGCAGGGAGAGCACCAAAGCCGCAAGGCUUGUGACUCAGCUGCGAUGGAAAACUGGCAUCUCUGGUCCGAAAUGCAGAAACCUCCCAAGGGCACAUUCAUUCCUCAGCUUUUCAGGAAAUCGACAGUCGCCAAUCCCUUAGGAUAAAACAGGACUGUCAGCUACUAACGAGGAACAUUCAGAAGCUGUGUUUGCUUCAGUAACGGUGGAGGUCACACCUGGAGUCGGGGAGAGAAGACCCUCAAGGGCCAGCUUUGGGAUGGGGACCAUCUUCUUCCAGCCGCCUUGUCCCUUCACAGUUUUUCUUGAAUCUUUUUUUUUAAGAAAAAAACUUUUUAUAGCAUAAAUAUUUAUAUUCCCUGAGAUUUCAUCGCUCCACCUGCAGUUCUGAAAUCCAGGUUUACCUUCAUCGCACAGACUGGACUUUCCCUUGGCUGUCUGGAAGCACCAGAGGGCUGGGAUUGUUGCUUGCUGCCCCCCCCCCCCAGUCCAACAGCAGCGGGUGUUCCGAUGCCCCGUUCUGGGGGCCUGCCCCGUUCUGGGGGCCUGAGACCACUUGGGCGCAGAGGAUAAAGGUUCCGAGACUGUGUGGUCCAGGAUGUCAAAUAGAGUCGGAAAGACUAUAGUGAUA